AUGAGCGGAAGCAGUGUUCUGGAGCCCCAAACUCCACUUCUGGAGACUGAAAAUGAAGCAGUCCAUGGUUAUGUUGACUACAAGGGCAGCCCAGGUGGAUGGAGAUCAGCAUCUUUCAUGCUAGCUGGAGGAUCCCUGGAGAGAUUUGCAUAUUAUGGAGUAGAAUCCAACCUCAUUAGCUAUCUCACCGGACCAAUUGGAGAAUCCGUGGCAACAGCGGCUGCAAAUGUCAAUACAUGGAUUGGUGUUGUUUCGCUUGUGCCAGUUUUAGGAGCAUAUUUGGCUGAUUCUUUCCUCGGCCGCCAUAGAUCAAUCAUCUUUACUUCCCUUCUCUACAUCUUGGGACUCGGUCUUUUGAGCCUGUCUGCAAUAAUUAUUCCAACAUCUGCCAGCAGCUCAACCUAUCAGGGCAUGAACAAGAAAUCAGACCCGGAUACUGGAAACCAAGUUUUGUUUUUUGUAUCACUUUACUUGAUUGCAUUGGCUCAAGGAUAUAAACCAUGUGUUCAAGCUUUUGGAGCUGAUCAAUUCAUUGAAAAAGAUCAGGAAAAGGGCAAAGCCAAGAGCUCGUUUUUCAAUUGGUGGAUUUGUGGCAUAUGUAUUGGUUCUAUAGCAGCACAUUUGAUCUUGCACUAUAUUCAGGAUAACAUAAAUUGGGCAAUUGGUUUUGGGAUUCCAUGUCUUGCUAUGGUUCUCGGGCUGAUUCUGUUUCUACUUGGAAAUAGAACUUACUUUUUUGCUGUUAAAAGAGGUGAUGAAGAGAGCUAUCAUGGGAGGAUAAAUUGGGGCAGAGAAGAAGUGGAUGAUGCCUUGCACAAUGGACCACUAGCAUCAAGCAGUCAAGGACAGUGCAAAGAAUAUUUGUUGUUGAAAACUCCACAAAGAUCUCAAGGCUACAGGCUUCUGAAGGAUAUAUUGCCUGCAGCAGAUGAUUUUUCAACUGAUAACAUUGGACACUCUAGCAAAAGGAAAGAGCGAAAGAAUGUUAUAACGCUGCUACCUGUAUGGAUCACUUGUUUAACAUAUACAAUUGCAUAUGCUCAAGCCUCGACAAUAUUUCUCAAGCAAGCAACAACCUUGGACAGAUCAAUAGGGACAAAUUUUAAUAUUCCAGCUGCCACACUUAAGACUUUCAUCCCCCUCACCGUAAUGUUCUGCAUUCCAAUAUAUGACAAAAUUUUCGUCCCAGUUGCCAGAGCGAUUACAAAAUACCCCACUGGUAUAACAAUGCUGCAAAGAAUAGGAGCUGGGAUGGGCAUAUCAGUUAUUACAUUGGUUGUUGCAGCUCUAGUCGAAAUGAAAAGACUCAAAACUGCUGAAGAUUAUGGUUUAGUAGACAUUCCCAAUGCAACACUUCCUAUGAGCUUCUGGUGGUUGGUUCCUCAAUACAUACUCUUCGGAUUUGCAGAUGUGUUCAUUCAGGUAGGGAUGCAGGAGUUUUUCUAUGAUCAGGUUCCUAUUGAAUUAAGAAGUGUAGGCCUAUCAUUUCACUUUGGCGCCUUGGGAAUAGGGAACUUCUUGAGUAGUUUUCUGGUCUCAAUGAUUGACAAAGCUACAAGUCAAUCGGGUAGAGUGAGUUGGUUCUCAGACAACUUAAAUCAUGCACAUAUUGAUUACUUCUAUUGGCUACUUGCUGGAAUAGGUGCUGUGGGUUUAAUCAUUUUUGUCUAUAUAUCAAGAUUUUACAGCUAUGUGGGGCAAAAUGAUGACUAA